UUUUGACUCUCAAUGACACAGUACCGAUUUUAUAUACAUUAAAUGUAUAAUAUUUAAUUACCCUAUUAUACUGUUAUAUAUAGUAACAGAUAUUGGACAUAUGCGUAUAUAAAAUUUACCGUAGCGUUAAAAAUAUUGAUGCUCUCAUUAAGAUAAAAAGUUUACAGUAAGUUAAUCAUCUUUUUGAAGAGCGUAAAAUUUCGAUUCUAUCAAAUUCAUUCGACUUACAUAUUUAUAUGGUGCAUUACAUUCCUCCGCCGAUAGUUUUUCUUCAUCAUGUACAUAUUGUACAACGAACAUAGAGUCGCCAUCUACCUAUAGUUGCUAACUUAUGCCAUAAUAGCUCGGUGUUAACUGGACGAAGGAAAAUGUCGACCGAAGAAAAACUUUACACACCAAGUGAAUGGAGUAAGAGAUAUAGAUCGGAAGAGUUAAUGUCUCGGUUCCUUAUUUUUGCAGUGAACGUAACGAAAAAGGCACGUAACGCUACGAAGUGUCUAUUGGACAUACCAUAUGGUCCAACAGAGCGCUCGAAAUAUGAUAUUUAUGGAAUCGAUUUGCCUAAUGAUGCACCGAUAUUUAUAUUUAUUCACGGUGGCUACUGGCAAGAAUUAAGUAAAGAUUUCGCAGGAUUUGCAGUGCCAGUUCUCGUCGCCAAUAAAAUUAAAGUUAUACCGAUCGGUUAUGAUCUGUGUCCUAAUGUUAAAAUACAGGAUAUAAUUUGCCAAAUAAAAGUUGCGAUUGAGACAAUUUUAAGUUCUGCCGUAGAUUCUGGAUGUCGAUGCGUUUGGAUCUGUGGUCAUAGUGCCGGCGCACAUUUGGCAGCUGCAUUGUUACACGAUACAAAAUGGAUCGAAUGUAUGACAGAGCGAGGAUAUUUUCCAUUAAUAAAAGGUUUGUUACUCGCUGGUGGAAUUUAUAAUUUAGGACCUCUUACCAAUACCUCGUACAAUGAAGCUUUGAAACUCUCGCAAGAUGAUAUCAGAGAAUUAAGUUUUUCUAUUCUCGAUGCUAAAGAAAAUAACCCUAUAAAAAAUUUAAAAGUAAUCGCGACUGUAGGAGAGUGUGAUUCUCCUGUAUUCAUUAACGAAACGCGAGAAUAUGCUCAAAAAAUUAUGUCUUUUGUGGAUAACGUAGAGUAUAUUUUAUUACGCGAUAACAUUGAUCAUUUUGAUAUCGUAGAAAAUUUAUUAGAUGCUGAAUUUGUUUUAACGCGAUUAAUAUUGAAAUAUAUGAACGUAUAGAAAUACGAAUAUUUAAAGUAAAUAAUUAAAAAAAAAAAGCAAACAUAUG